AUGACGUCGAAAGGGAGGGAAUCAACUACACUUAUAAACCCCGAUAUUAUCCACCAAAUUGCUGCAGAAUCUAGCUUCUUUCCUCACCUAACCUUUACUAGAGAAUUACUACAAAACUAUAUCAUUAUGGAUCUCGUUCAGAAGUACGGCCACCUCAAGCACGAUCGACGCCGGAGCUCCCUGCAGCAGCAACUCGCGGAAGAGGAACGCCACCGGAAUCAAAUGGCAAUCAACUCACUGUUAGGGAGCUUUGGGGGUUCGGCAAACGAUCAUCCAGACCGACGAUCCAGUGGUGCGGGGAAUAUGGCGAGCAUGAUCGAGGAGUUCAAUAAGUCAGUGUCCCUCUACACACACACAUGCAACUAUGAAGUGACGCUUACGGAAUACUGCAGACGGAAAUCAGUGUCCCCGGAUACCAAUGUCGAGCAAAAAGAGUGA